UCUGGCCCGCCGCCGCCGCCGCUCGGCCGAUGCGCUCGGAGCCAUGGACAAGAUCCUGGAGGGGCUGGUGAGCUCUUCGCACCCGCUGCCGCUGAAGCGGGUGAUCGUGCGGCGCGUGGUGGAGUCGGCGGAGACGCCGCUGAGCCAGGCGCAGUGCCGCGCCAUGUUCGCGCUCGGCACCCGGCUGGUGCUGCAGGGUCCCGACCCCUUCCAGCGGCAGGUGGGGCGGCAGGUGCUGGACGCCUACGGCCGCUUCCACCGCGCCGAGUUCGAGGCGUUCUUUAACCGCGGGCUCGUUCUCGGCCUCCUGCAGCGCGGCUACGGCGAGCUGAGCAACCGCGACCCCGCCAUCCUCGACUACAUCCAGGCGGGCCUGCGCCUCAUCAUGAGCUGCCCCUCGGUGCUGGAGCUCUUCGAGCUGCUGCAGGUGGAGGCGCUGCGGCUGGUGUGCGAGCGGCCGGCGCCGCCGCUCUGCGCCCGCCUCUGCCAGCUGCUGGGCGACUUCCCGCAGUGCCUGCCCCGCGGCAGGAAGCUCUCGCUCGCCUUCUGCCAGCAGCUGGUGCGCAGCAUCGCCCACUUCCAGAGCCAGGGCACCCGGGAGGCCGAGCUGCGCCUCUACGUCUCGCAGGUGACCCAGGUCAGCGCGCUGCUCAGGAGCGUCUGGAAGGCCGAGCCCGACACGCUGCUGCCCUCCCUGCAGGAGCUCUUCGCUGUGAUCUCCGCCACGGAUGCUUCAUUCGAGCCUUCUGUUGCACUGGCAAGUCUUGUGCAGCACAUACCAUUGCAGAUGAUUACAGUCCUCAUCAGGAGCCUUACUACAGAUCCUAAUGUGAAAGAUGCAAGUAUGACUCAAGCUCUGUGCAGAAUGAUUGACUGGCUGUCCUGGCCUCUGGCUCAGCAUGUGGAAACAUGGGUGAUUGCACUGCUGAAAGGAUUGGCUGCAGUCCAGAAAUUUACCAUCCUCAUUGAUGUCACUCUGCUUAAAAUUGAAUUGGUCUUUAAUCGACUUUGGUUUCCUCUAGUGAGGCCUGGUGCCCUUGCUGUCCUUUCCCACAUGUUACUUAGUUUCCAGCAUUCUCCAGAAGCUUUUCAUUUGAUUGUCCCACACGUGGUCAGUUUGGUUCACUCCUUCAAAAGAGAUGGCUUGCCUUCCAGUACAGCCUUUUUGAUGCAGUUGACUGAGUUGAUACACUGUAUGAUGUAUCAUUAUUCAGGUUUUCCAGAGCUCUAUGAACCCAUUCUGGAAGCUAUUAAGGAUAUGCCCAAGCCCACUGAAGAGAAGAUUAAGUUGAUCCUCAGUCAGAGUGCCUGGACUUCUCAAUCCAGUUCUUUGCCAUCUUGUUUAUCUAGACUUUCUGGAAAAUCUGAAACUGGGAAGACAGGCCUAAUAAAUCUAGGAAAUACUUGCUACAUGAACAGUGUUAUUCAGGCACUUUUUAUGGCUACAGAUUUCAGAAGACAUGUUUUAUCUCUGAAUCUAAAUGGCUGUAAUUCCCUAAUGAGAAAAUUACAGCAUCUUUUUGCAUUUUUGGCCCAUACCCAGAGGGAGGCAUAUGCUCCUAGAAUUUUCUUUGAAGCUUCCAGACCACCAUGGUUCACCCCUCGAUCCCAGCAGGAUUGUUCAGAAUAUCUCAGAUUCCUGCUAGACAGGUUGCAUGAAGAAGAGAGAACUUUGAAAGCAUUGUCUUCAGCCAAGAGUUCUGAAAGUCUUACGACUGACAAGUCCCAGGCACAAGAAACUGCCCAUAAAACACAAGUAUUUACUGAAGCACCUUGUAUGGGAAGUGAAGAAAGAACUCUGAUAGAGAAGAUGUUUGGAGGAAAAUUGAAGACUAGCAUAUGCUGUUUGAACUGCAAAAGUAUGUCUCAAAAGGAAGAAGCUUUCACAGAUCUCUCUUUGGCUUUCUGUCCCCCAACUUCCUUAGAGAAUGUUGACCCAAAAUGCAUAGAGCACUCUGAAGUGAAAGAUGACUACAUGAUGCAAAGUAAUACUGCAGCAACCAGUCCUGCUGCAGAAACACCUCUCAGUAAUUUGGAAGUAAAUCACGGAUGUGACACAAUAAUGAAUGAAGGAACCGUAGAAGAUUUUACCAGUGAGCCAAGCCCUGAGAACACCACAAUUUCUGAACUCAAAGUUGAAAAUAAUGGGGAUAUGUCUCAGAGUCUAGUAGGUAAAAAUACCCUGUCAGUUACAGACUUACUCAAUUAUUUUCUGGCACCUGAGAUCCUUAGUGGAGACAACAAAUAUUAUUGUGAAAAGUGUGCCUCUCUACAGAAUGCUGAAAAAACUAUGCAGAUCAUUGAGGAACCUGAAUACCUCAUCCUCACUCUUUUGAGAUUUUCAUAUGAUCCAAAGUGUCACAUAAGGCGCAAAAUCUUGGACAAUGUUUCUCUACCACUUGUAUUGGAACUGCCAGUGAAAAGAGCAACAUCCCCUUUAGCUGUUGUUUCAGGAGGCUGGUCUGUUGGUGUGGAGAUUUCUGAUACUGGAGAAAACCUUGCUAAAAAACUGAAGCCUUCUGGUGCUGAUGAAGUGGCCUGCCCACAACUGGUGCCCUAUGUGUUGAGCUCUGUGGUGGUGCAUUCUGGUGUAUCCUCUGAAAGUGGACAUUAUUAUUCAUACGCUAGAAAUGUUACUGGGUCAGGGCCUUCAGGGCUCUGCCACCAGUCUACAGCCCUUUCUUUAGUUUCUCCUCAGGAUAAGUUGUUUACAGAGGAGAGUCCUUGCACUGUUGUAGAAAAUGAGCUGGACACUGAGAUGCCAAGAGAAUGGUUUCUGUUCAAUGACAGCAGAGUGACAUUUACCUCAUUUCAGUCAGUCCAGAAAAUCACCAGUAGAUUUCCAAAGGACACUGCUUAUGUUCUGUUUUACAAAAAGCAGAACAGCACCUGUGGCUUCAACACCAAUCCAGCAAAUGGCCUCUGGGUAAAUGGAGACCCUCCUCUACAAAAAGACCUCAUGGAUGCAAUUACAAAAGAUAACAAACUAUACUUGCAGGAGCAAGAGCUUAGUGCUCGAACACAAGCACUUCAAGCUGCCUCAGCCUCUUGCUCUUUCCGACCCAAUGGAUUUGAUGACAAUGAUCCCCCGGGAAGUUGUGGGCCGACAGGCGGAGGAGGAGGGGGUGGGUUCAGUACCGUCGGUAGAUUGGUCUUUUGACUGUGAAGACAACCUGGAAUACACUGGUUCCAAAGCAGCCUAGUACUGCUGAGGACAAAUAAAAUACUGAACUCUGUCGGAGUUGUACCAGGCUUUGAGACUGGAUCCUUGUCCAAAAGCAAAUAUUAGUGGUUUUUUGGUUAUGUUUUAUUGGAAAUAAAUAAGCGCAUAAUGGAAAAAAAA